GCAGAAGAGUUUUUGUGUGAAAGCUCUGCAAAAAUGGCGGCUCAUCCCAUUAAGAUCUUGUAUCUCUUUCCCGCCUUAUUCUUACCUCUCUUCGCCGUCUGCGAAAUCGCUUCGUUCGCUCGUCCAAGUAACGAUGGAUUGGUCGAUGAUUUGCUGGAAAUCAAGCUCAGGAUCUCUCGCUUAGAAUCCGUUCUGGAGGGAAGCAAGCAAAAUUUAACCGAGAAAGGCAAUGAAAUUGUGGCGCAGGAAAGGUUAAUUGAGGCUAUGUCUCAUAAGAUUCAAUACUUGGAGUCUGCUCUAUUUGAUAUGAAGAGGAAGACAUUAAGUCAUGAUGAAAGGAUUGCUGCUCUGGAGGAUGAGGUACGACUUCUCUGGGCUGUAUUAAGAAAGAACAACUUUGAUAUUCAUCUUUUGAAAGUCAAGGCACAUGAAGCUGAGGAAAAACUUGAAGAGGUUACCUCACAAGUUGAGAAGAUGUCUAACAUAGUAUCUGAACAGUGGAUUCAUAUUCGGCAUCUAGAGCAGGCCCUUGAAAUAACAAAAAUAAAUGCUUUGAAGGUCCGCCAGCAAGUUGCCCUAACCAGAUGCACCUUUUUAAAGUUGGUCAACACACGUUUUAUCAAUCAACUUCAGAAGGCCCUACAGACAUUGAACUAUCAUCUGUUCAGCAAAGUGCCUACCUUGAGUUCCAUGGUUACAGGAGCCAUCCAAUACUUCCAAGGAGUCUAUGAAGAAGCCAAAAAGUAUCACCAUGAGUUACAAAGACUGAUUAAACAAGAAAUGGAAAGAAGGGACUAUGCAGCAUAUCUUGUAAACAGGGAAGUUAUUUUCUUUCUGGCGUCUGCUAUAGUUACCUUCCCAAUUUUUGGUGCUUGGAUGUUCCUCUCUUCAUGGUUUUCCAGGUGAAAGGGUAAUCCGUGAGAAAAGAGGGCUAGGUUAUACUCGAGUACCUUUUUUUCAUGACUAUCCUGAUAGUUUUGCUUAGCUGGAGAUCAAUUUUCCAAUAUUAGAUGUGAAUUCCUUCAUGAACAAGUCUAUAUAUAGUAGCAACUUUUA